AUGAACAAAGCAGAGACCGAAAUUAUUGCCAUCCAAAAAGCUAAAGAAAGAGUGUCUACAGGUAAAUGUAUGUGUCAUUAUGGUUUCUAUUUCAGGGGUAAAUGUAUCUGUCAGUAUGGUUUCUUUUUCAGAGUAAAUGUGUGUGUGUCGGUAUGGUUUCUUGGAGAUGACUGUUCACAGUCACUAGGGAGAACUUUGGCAUCACAGAAAUCCAACAGCUCACCUUCUAGUUUGACCUUGACCUCGGGUCAAGUGGUCGGUAUAGUCAUGGGUUUACUGGUCCUCAUUUUGCUGGUAGUCCUGCUAACCAUUUUUAUAAUGAGACGAAGAUAUCGCAACCAACAGAACAACAUCACAUCAAUGAACGUAAACAAUUCUCUUCAGGAAGACAGUGACGUACGAGGUUUUACUAAUCCUUACUACGAUGUCCAGCAUUCCGACAACAUGGCCGACUCCUCAGGAGGGAAAUCAGAUACACAUUCAGAAGACAGUGCUACUGCUUAAUA